AUGCAGCUCUGCGCGCGGCCGCAGGUGCUGUUGGCCCUGUUCCUGUCCACUCUUCUGGCCCAGGCAGAAGCCAGCCAGCGGGCAGCCACCCAGGCCCGCAACACCACCCUGCCCGCUCUGCUCAGGCUGUCGGAUCACCUCCUGACCAACUACAAGAAAGCAGUACGGCCCGUGCGGGACUGGAGGAAGCCCACCACUGUCUUCAUCGAUGUCAUCAUGUAUGCCAUCCUCAGUGUGGAUGAGAAGAACCAGGUACUGACCACCUACAUCUGGUACCGGCAGUUCUGGACUGACGAGUUUCUGCAGUGGACUCCCAAGGACUUUGACAAUAUCACUAAAUUGUCCGUCCCCACAGACAGCGUCUGGGUCCCUGACAUUCUCAUCAAUGAGUUUGUGGACGUGGGAAAGUCCCCGAACAUCCCGUACGUGUAUGUGCAUCACCACGGUGAAGUCCAGAACUACAAGCCCCUGCAGGUGGUGACCGCCUGCAGCCUUGACAUCUAUAACUUCCCUUUCGAUGUGCAGAACUGCUCCCUGACCUUCACCAGCUGGCUGCACACCAUCCAGGACAUCAACAUUUCCCUGUGGAGAUCACCAGAAGAAGUGAGGUCAGACAAGAGCAUCUUCAUGAACCAGGGCGAGUGGGAGUUACUGGGAGUGUUGCCUGAGUUCCAGGAGUUCAGUAUGGAAACCAGCAGCAGCUAUGCAGAAAUGAAGUUCUACGUGGUCAUCCGCCGGCGGCCUUUAUUCUACGCAGUCAGUCUCUUGCUGCCCAGUAUCUUCCUCAUGGUGGUAGACAUUGUGGGCUUUUGCCUGCCCCCGGACAGUGGCGAGAGAGUCUCCUUCAAGAUCACACUCCUUCUGGGAUACUCCGUCUUUCUCAUCAUUGUGUCAGACACCCUGCCGGCAACGGCCAUCGGCACUCCCCUCAUCGGCGUCUACUUUGUGGUCUGCAUGGCUCUGCUGGUGAUAAGCCUUGCUGAGACCAUCUUCAUUGUGCGGCUGGUACACAAGCAGGACCUACAGCGGCCCGUCCCAGACUGGCUAAGGCACCUGGUCCUACAGAAAAUAGCCUGGCUGCUCUGCCUUGGGGAGCAGCCAAUGACCAAUAGGCCUCCAACCACCUUCCAAGCCAGCAAGGUCGAUGACUGCUCAGCCAUGGGAAACCAUGUCAGCCAUGUUGGCGGACUGCAGGACUUGGAGAAGACCCCAAGGGGCAGAGGUAGCCCUCCCCCACCACCUAGAGAGGCCUCGCUGGCUGUGCGUGGGCUCUUGCAAGAGCUAGCCUCCAUCCGGCACUUCCUGGAGAAGCGGGAUGAGAUGCGGGAGGUGGCUCGGGACUGGCUGCGUGUGGGGUAUGUGCUGGACAGGCUGCUAUUCCGCAUCUACCUGCUAGCUGUGCUGGUCUACAGCAUCACCUUGGUCACACUCUGGUCCGUUUGGCAUUAUUCUCGAGUGAACACAACCCAGCAGGGUCUCCAUGCCCCUCCUGCACCUCCCUAUCUCACCUCCCAAGUGCUCUUCAGCCUCUCCCCACCCACACUGCUUCUAGCAGCACCCCCCACCCCCGACCAACAACUGUGGAAGUGCUCUAUAGCCCUGCAAGCCUUGGUGCUGUCCAAGUCUGCAGCUCGGGUUGCUAGGAGAUUGCCACUGGCUCCUAGGACGGAAGUUGCUUUUGUGCCUAAUGUUGGUCACCUGUGCUCAACGACCUUAAAGGCAUACCCUAGAGUGGACACCUGGUGGUUUUUCAGGAGAGCUGGGACAGGUGGCAGCAAAGCCCAGAAAUUCUAUGAAAAGUCAGGCAGGAAAGCGUUUUUAUUGCCCCUUUCCCUGCUGUGCCUUCCAAAUAAAGACCCCUAUCCCUCACUAGUGGUGUCUGCAGCCCCCUUCUUUUGGGCCAACAAUAAGGACAACAUUCCUGAGCUUCAAGUACUCAGGCGGAGGCAGCGCCACCAAACCAGUCUGUCACCAAUGUGCCCAUAG